GAAGAGGAAUUAAAAUUAAUUUCCGAUCAAUUGAGCGGCGAAUUAACGCCCAUUGGCUUUGAAUGCUAUCCAUUUAAAAUUGAAUGGUACAACCGUAUGGUUUCGGCCGACUUUCAUCUGCCAUUUGACGGCAAUUGUCUGGCGUUUACUAUAAUAAGUACUCCCGAUAUGUUUGAAAACGCAUUCAUACCAUACAUACGGAUGCGAAACACAGCCGAUAUGUUGGACCCCAUCAACCACUGUAUGAAACACUACUUAAACAAACUGUGCAUGACAUUAUCAAGACAUUCGUCUUCAGUGGAAGUGAUACACGAUUUUGAUCUCCAAAUGCCUAACAGACGGCCCAAAGUGUUGGCCCAAACGGCGGCUCAUGUGUCCGGCGCUGCUUUCUAUUACAAGCCUGACGUUAUCAGCGCUGAUAGGGCUGAUGGCAGGGCUGGUGGGGAGCGCUCAUUAGCACCACUAUCACCAUCAACACAGCCAUCACCUUCACUCUCAUCAAAGUUAUCGCACUCGCCAUCGGGUCGACGACUGUUGGGUUAUUGCAUUCAUCCGGAGUUUGGCGGUUGGUUUGCCAUCAGAGCUGUGCUUGUGUUGGCAGACCUGACCGCCGAUUGGAUGAUCCAACGCUCGGCCAAAGAUGUGUUGCCGAGUGUUAAACAGAGGAUUGAGUUGUUGACGGCGUUCAACACCAAUUGGCACGACUGGUCCGCCUAUCGGGAUGUCAUAGCCGUCACCAAACGGUACAGCGAUCUCCAGAUACAGUACUUCCAGAGCAGUGCCACAGACCGUAGGGCUAUCUUAAACACGUUUAUUGAUUGUCAUAAAUCAGAUUAA